AUGUCGCUGGUGGAGAAGGUCGAGGGGCUGCUGGGCCAGAUGACGCUGCGAGAGAAGAUCGGCCAGAUGCUGCAGCUGGUCGAGUACAUGAGCGGCGUCGAGGCCGUGGCAGACGGCAGCUGGGGAGACUCAUCUCUCGGUUCGGUCCUCUACUCGGGAGGACUCCCCUCCGUCGGCUCGCUCCGAGAGCGGUCGGCGCGGCUUCAGCGCGCUGCCCGCCGCCACCGGCUCGGCAUCCCGCUGCUAAUUGGGGUGGACGCUGUGCACGGCCACGCCCAGGCGCGCGGGACGACCGUCUUCCCCCACAACAUCGGCCUCGGCUGCGCGCGUAACGAGUCGCUCGCGCGGCAGCUCGCCGAGGCGACGUCGCUGGAGGUGGCCGCGUGCGGGAUCAACUGGGUAUUUGGGCCGUGCGUCGCCGCCGCGCAGGACGACCGGUGGGGCCGCACCUAUGAGGCGUUCUCCUCGGAUACGGAGCUCGUGAGUCGGCUCGGGGAGGCGCAGGUGCGCGGGCUGCAGGAGUCACCCACUCCCGUGGCGGCGUGCGCAAAGCACCUCGCCGCCGACGGCGCGACCCAGCACGGCCGCGACCAAGGGGACGCGGUUCUCAGCGAGGCGGAGUUGCAGGCGCACUUGCGGCCGUACCGCGCCGCGGUCCAGGCGGGCGCGCUCACCGUGAUGGUGUCGUUCUCCUCCAUCAACGGCCGCCCCGCGCACGGGAACCGCUGGCUCGUCACGCAGUUCCUAAAGCGCGAGCUGGGCUUUGAGGGGCUGGUCGUCUCCGACUGGGGGGGCAUCAACAAACUGCCGGGCAGCGCCGAGCAGCAGUUCGCCGCCGGGAUCAACGCGGGCAUCGAUUUGGUGAUGCUGCCCGGGACGAAUGCUCCGGGAACCUGGAACCAAGCGACGUCGGGGCCGUGGCGGGCGUUUGUCGACAGCGUCGAGCGCUCGGUGAAGACUGGCCGCAUCAGCCUCGAGAGAAUAGACGCGGCGGUCCGCCGCGUGUUGCGAGUCAAGGGGAAGCUAGGCUUGCUCGCCGCAGACGCGGGCGGGACAGCCGCCCUCCGCCCGCCUUCCUCCAAGCACCUGGCGGCGGCGGCGGCGGCCGAACCCAAACAGCUCGCGCCUUUGGUGCGCAGCAAGUGGCACCGGGCCUUGGCGGAGGAGGCUGCCGCACACUCCGCAGUGCUGCUGAAGCAUGAUGGCGCUUUGCCGCUCUCACCGACCGCCUCUGUGCUUGUCGCGUGCCGUGGCGGUCGUUCGCUCGGCCGGCAGAUGGGCGGCUGGUCGCUGUCCUGGCAGGGGACGACGCGGGAUGAGGGGUUGGGCACGAACGUCUACGACGGCUUCCGCGCCAGAGCCGGCAGGGCAGGCUGCGAGGCGUGCGUUUCCUUCUCGGGAGUCGGCGACCGAGCCAGAUCGCCGGUGCCCAUGCACGGGGCCGACCACGCGUGCCUGGACAACCUGAUGAAGCGACGUGUCAUCAUCGCCUCGUUCGUCCCCGGCAGCGAGGGAGGGAGCGCGAUCGCCUCGCUCGUCUACGGUGACCGGCCCUUCAAGGGGCGCCUCUGCCGCGCGUGGGGCGAACACUGGUCGCUUGGCUUCGGGUUGCGUCUUGAGCCUCCGCCAGCGGCGCCGCCCCCUCCCCAGGAGCCCUCCCCGCCGAAAGUGCAGAUGUGGGUGUUCCCUUUUCUCCAGCCCCCUGUCCCCGACACCUCCCUCUCGUUGAACGUCGGGCUCAUCGGCGGUGUGGCUUUUGGCCUCGCGCUCUUGGCGGUGUUGCGCCGCGUCCUCUGCGGGGGCGGCAGGAAGAAGCAAGCCCGGGUGCCGCCGUCCGACGCGGCCGAGUGGAAGGCGCCGAACAGCUUCACUGACAGUGAUCGGCGGCACGCCAAGGCGUCCGGCUUCUCCAUGUAG